AUCUUCUCCAUUUCUUCAACACAUAAAAGUAAAAGAGACAGAGACACUCACUACACACUUCUCAAAACACUUCUUUCUCUAUCUCUCACCCCUUUUUCUCCUUCUCUUCUCCCUAAGCUCCAUAGGCACUAAACCUCUCUUUUGACCUAAAUGUGUGAGAGAGAGGCCUGCAAAGAUAAAAAGGGUAGACAUCAUUGAAGCUUCUUUACUUUUUUUUUUUAAUUUCAGAAUCUCUCUUAAACCUACGAACCUCCUCAUUUCAAGCUAAUUAACAUGGUUUGGUCUCAGAAACAUCUCACCUCCUCAAUGCUCUUCUUCUUCUUCUACUUCUUUGGCUUCCUCUCUCUCUUCUCUCGUCCUUCUUUUUCCGCCACUUUUCUCGUCGACGGUGUCUCUGUCUGGAAAACCCCCACUGUUCAUGUCGGCGACUCUGUUAUUUUCAGACAUAAGUACGGAUACGAUCUCUACAUCUUCAGAAACAAAGAUGCAUUCAAUGUCUGCGACUUUACACAAGCCACUCUUCUUACAAAACCUAAUUCCACUUCCUUCUCGUGGUAUCCAUCAAGAACAGGCUCUUACUACUUUUCCUUCACAAACAACACAUCUCUUCCCAGAACUUGCCAACUCAACCAGAAGCUCACAGUCCAAGUCAUCCUCUCCGCGGCAUCACCGCCAUCGCAACCACCGGCAAUCUCCCCUGUUCCGGUUUCUGAAGGAGGAGUGAUCUCAUCUCCUUCUUCUUACCCUUGGCCAUUAGGUCCUAGAGAAGGUUCAGCUUUCUCUCCGGGACCAUCUCCAUCAGAGAUCACGUCUGUGACAGUCCCCGGUAAAGACGGAGUUCCGUUCAUUAACAGUAAUCCGGCGGUUCCUCUUCCCACCGGAGAAGUCGACUCUACUUCCAUUAACCCUUUACCAACUUCCACUAAUUCAGCUCAUCAGGUGAUGAUGAUGACAUUAAAGGUGAAGCUAGGUUUGUGUUGUGUAGCCAUGUUUUUCCUUCUUCUGUAGAGAAACAGAGCUGUUAAUGGAAGAAUGAUUACGUUUCUGAUCUUAUUGUUAAUCCAACAACUUAACUUUAGUGUUGUGUAAUCAUUCUCUCUUUAGCUUUUCUGUUUCUGUCUCGCUUAUGGUAGGGCUCUUGUUAGAAUCUUAGGGUUUAUUUAUUUUUAUUUUGAUGUGCAUUUUUAUAAAAUCAAUGUGCCUUAGUUUUUGUUUCUGAGUUCGUGUCUCUCUUUUCUUUGUGGUCACCACUACUACUUUCACUCAUAUGUCUCAGAUUUUCUUUUCAGAAUUUGGGUCCCCUCUCUAAGAAAUAAGCAUAUGGUAUGGUUAGCUUUAA